UCUCUGUCACACUGCGGACUGUUUUGUCGGGAUGCGUUUACGGUUCGGUACCAGCACACCUGCGGCUCAUCAACGUAACCCGUGUUUACUUCACAGUCACCGGAGGAAAGCUCCGGUUCUUUAAAUGUUCGUCGCGGCCGUUAAUGUUGACAGUGGCGGAUUAACGAGUUUACCGGCCGUUUUACCGACGGUGCGUUGACUGUUUUCUCCAUACUGAGAGAUGUAAACGACCACAACAACCACCGGGGCUUGUUUUGCUUUUUUUCCCUUUCCGGUUUUCCGGUUGUGACGGUUGGAAGCUAACAUUAGCACGCUAAAUCAGAAUGAACGGCGGUGACAGUGGCAGCUCGGCCCGCAGCCGCUCCGGACGUCCUCUGACCGCGGACUAGCUCCAGAAAAUACCCAAUUUUAAUCUCACACAUGUUUAUUUAGGUCGUUUCAUCUCCUUAUUAAAUAAUUUGUAUGUUUUUGGACAAAAUGAGACGUUGGUGGAUUAUUCGGCCCCCGGUAAUAACCUCCCAUACGAUGGAGAUUUAAGGAUCCCGAACGGAGAGAACGUGACCGCUGAACAGCAUCAGAAAUCAUUCGUUUUUUAAUCUCAAACAGCUUUAUUUGGUAUUUUCUUGUACAUUGCUUGUCGAUGUCGGAUCUUUCGGAAUAGAGGAGACCUUCGUGGAUAAUUCGGCCCCCGGUAAUACUCUCCCCAAUGAUGGGGAUGUGAGGUACGGACAGCAUUAGGAUCCCGAACCGAGAGAAACUCACCUCGCCGUCUACCAUAAUAAAAACAGCAUUUUUAAAACCUCAAACAGGUUUAUUUAGUAUUUUUGUUUUUUUUUCGUACCGGGUCCGUAUGUUCGGGACUAGAGGAGACAUUUGUGGAUAAUUCGGCUCCAGGUGAAACCGUCCUGCACGAUGGGGACUCAGGGACCGGGCAGGAAGAGGACCCCGAACCGGGAGAGGCUGACCGCUGAGGACGAUGCUCUCAACCAGAUCGCACGAGAGGCGGAGGCGAGGCUGGCCGCGAAGCGAGCAGCGAGAGCCGAGGCCCGAGACAUCAGGAUGAAGGAGCUGCAACAGAAAGAGAUGUCAGAUGAUGAAGAGAGGAUGUCUGUGGGGAGUCGAGGCAGCCUCAGGCCCUCUGACUAUAGCGGGUUUUUUGGCUCCGGCUCCAGAACUUCCUCCAGGGCGAGUUCUGCUCGUGCGAGCCCAGUGGUGGAGGAGAGACCGGACCGAGACUUCGCUGAUAAAGGCUCGAGGACGGCAUCGACGCUCUCCGCGGCAACGCUGGCGUCUCUGGGCGGAGCCUCGUCUCGCAGAGGAAGCUGCGACACAUCGUUCUCCGUGGAGACGGAGGCCUCCAUCAGAGACAUGAAGGACUCUCUGGCGGAGUCGGAGGAGAAGUACCGUAAAGCGAUGGUUUCUAUCGCUCAGCUGCACAACGAGAAGUCGGCUCUGAUGUACCAGGUGGAGACUCUGAAGGAGGAGCUGGGAGACACCGAGGAGCUGCUCUGGGAGGCCCGGAGACACUGUGACGACAGCACUAAGGAAUGCGAGCGUGAGCGUCAGGCUCACCGUGUCCUUCAGUUCCAGUUUAAAGAGAUGGAGGAAACUCUGAGACAGGCUGAAGCUCUGCUCACGGAGGUGUCUGAGCUGAGGAUGAAGAGCAGCAGUUAUUGUCGGGAGGUUUCUGACCUGCAGGAAGUGCUGCAGUGGAAAGAGAAGAAGAUGGCGGCGUUGGAGAGGCAGAGAGAAAUCUCCGACGUCGUUCGGAUCGAACGUGACCGGCUCAGAGACGAAGUGGUCCGACUGCGAGACUUGCUGAAGGAACACGGCGUCGUCGUGGUCGUUUCCACGCCUGAGGUCUCCACCAAUGGGGAGACGGGGCAGGGCGAAGCGGAGGAUGAUGUCAGCGCAGAAACAGCCUCCCGAUUGGCUCAGGAAAUGUCUCCUGCUGGCAGAGAGAGCAUGAUGGAGCUCCGGCUGAAGAAACUAUUUGAGGAAAGAGACAGUUUACAGGACCAGGUGAGGCUGUUGAAGUCUCAGCUGGAUCAGAGACCGAAGAACGGGACGGACGAGGUCCAGGAUCCAGAGGGGGGCGGCCAGGAGAACGGGAUGGACUCUCAUCUUCUAGAUCUACAGAGAGACGCCAACAGACAAAUCAGUGACCUCAAGUUCAAACUGGUGAAAUCUGAACAGGAAGUCACGACUCUGGAGCAAAACGUGAUCCGUCUGGAAGGUCAGGUGACUCGAUACAAGUCGGCGUCUGAAAACAGCGAGAAGAUGGAAGACGAGCUGAAGGUGGAGAAGAGAAAACUCCAGAGAGAGCUGCGCUCGGCUCUGGACCGGAUAGAAGAGCUGGAGAUCAGCAACACGCACCUGUCCAAGCGUCUGGAGAAGAUGAAGGCCAACCGAAAUGCCCUGCUGGCCCAGCAGUGACGCCACGUCUCCAUCUCCAUCGCCUCAGAGAGACAAUCAGCGCUCGUUUUCCCUCUGCAUGCAACGCCAGCCGGGUGGAGUUAACCUGAGCGGAAAACCAACCAAAAACAAGCAUCCCUCGGUCAAUCACGAAGACGUUUAAACUGUCUGUAAUGUAGCUCUAACGAUCCCGGUGCCAUGAACACAGCUUACACACAGCGACUCUGCAUGGCGGGAGUUUACCACAAACGCUCGAUUAUUUCACUCUAUUUAUUUAGUGUCAAAAGGGUCCACUGACAGACUCAGAUUAUUAUUCUUAGUGUCUGACAACAUUUAUAGAAAGGAU